AUGGCGUCUUCUAGUUUUUGUUCGAGCUUACCCACAAAAGCUGCUCGCAUUUCCCCCAAAACCCAGUUCGUAUCUGGCUUGAAAUCCAAGAAAUUAAUUUUGGGUUCCCGAUCUUUGGUCAAACCCCAGAGGCUUUUCUCCUAUGUUCGUCGUGUAAUGGGUUCAUCUGCUUCUUCCCCAGACAGAGCUCAAGGGACAGGUGUUGGUGAUUACAAAUCUGUAAGUGAUCAAGAAUGGAAGGAGAAACUCACAGAGGAACAGUUUUACAUUACUCGUAAAAAGGGAACCGAGAGGGCUUUCGCUGGGGAAUACUGGAAUACGAAAACUAAGGGAACAUACAUGCUGCAAUCCUCCUCCUCAGUCAAUGAUCAUGAUCAGGAAUGCCAGCAGUCAAUUUGCAGAGGCAUUUUCCGUAACUCGCUAAAAUCCCGUCAGGAAGAAGAUCCUCGAACGGAAUACUUUUAUUGCUGGCAAAGUUGCCAAACCAGUGAGGAUACUGAAGAGUGUGAAGCGGCGUGUCGAGAGCGAUUAGACGGGCAAUUAGAGAAACAAUGCCAAAAGGAACAAGGCGGAGAAGAUCAGGAUGAGAAGCCGACUAGUAAUCCCAACCCUUACUACUUCCCUAAAUCUACGUUAUUGAAUCGGUUUGGGGCUGAAGAAGGUGGCUAUGUUGUCCUUAACAGCCUUACCAGGCUCUCUCCAUUCCUUCGCGGCAGAAUUAAAAACUACCGCUUGGCCUUAUUUCUAACUGCGCCUGGAACUUUUGUUCUCCCUUACCACAUUGAUGCUGAAUCAGCCUUUGUUGUUUCCGCCGGAAAGGGUACUCUUACUUUUGUGGUGAAGAACAAGAAAGAGUCCUUCAAGAUUGAAGAAGGAGAUGUGAUUAGAGUUCCAGGUGGGGCUACCACGUACUUAAUUAACGAUCAUAGUAGUGAACAUCUUAGCCUCGUACAGCUCAUUCGGCCAGUCAACAUACCUGACCUAUUUGAGGAAGAAAAAAAUUGUAACAGUAACUGCUAUGUAUAUUGGCGGCAGGAAUUCUUCCCUGGUGGUUAUAAAAUUCGCGAUCGAGAAGACUAUAGCAUUUUGGAUGAUGUCGAGUCAUACUACAGCGUUUUCAGCAAUGACAUUCUUGAAGCGGCCUUUAAUACUCCAAGAGAGCAGCUAGAGAAGGCCUUAGGACAGCAGAGGCCGGAGGGAAUGAUCAUAAAAGCCUCAAAAGAGCAACUCAAGGCAUUGAGUAAACAAGAUCCAUCAUGGUGGCGCAAACUAGUCCCUUGGUGGUCAUCUGAGGACACUGAUUUAAAAUUCAACCUGCAAAGCCAGAAGCCUUUUCAUUCCAAUAACUAUGGCAAGUUCUAUGAGGCUUCCCCUCAGGAGUUCAACCAGCUUCUAGACGUGAAUGUCUCAGUCGUUAUCGUUGAGAUCAACUCGGAAACUAUGAUGGUGCCACACUACAAUUCCAAAGCAACGUAUUUGAUGAUGGUGGUAAGUGGAACGGGAUGGUUUGAAAUGGCAUCCCCACAGUUCACACUCCCAGGGAGUGAAGAAGAGAUUGAGUACCAAGAAGACCAGGGUGAACAGAGUGGAAUGUACACCAAGGUGAGUGGAAAACUAUCACUCGGUGAUGUCUUUGUGGUUCCAGCAGGUCGUCCUGUUGUUUUUGUUUCCCAAGACAAUGAUGAGAGCAACAACCAAAAUCAGAAUCUGAGAAUUGUGGGAUUCGGAAUCAAUGCCCCAAACAACAUUAGGAACUUCCUUGCAGGCCAAGAGGACAACAUAAUGAAAAUGAUGGAGAGUGAGGCCAAGCAGCUGACAUUUGGGAAAGAGAUGGAACAGUUAUUGAGCAAUCAGAAGCAAUCGUAUUUCGUGCCACUGUCAACCCAGAAGAGCGAAGAAGGAAGAAACCAUUCCUCACCUGACUGGCUUCAAUUCAAGACUAAGCAGUGAUAGUAAUUAAAGUAUCCACUUUGACGCAAUCCAAAUGUAUGUAGAGCACCGGUACUAGUAUGCUGAGCUAGGGUUUUCAAUUAGCUAGGCUCAUGUAGUGAAGUGUGAGCCUCUUAUUUAAAAAAAAAAAAUGCUAAAUAAAUAAAUGUGACUAGCUCAUAAACUACCAUAAAAAUAAG